AUGCACUGCCAAAGAUGCUCACGUAUGCAGUUAACUCGCGAAUACAAGUCGAUCUCCGAAAACCCCCCUCCAUACAUCGUCGCCCACCCAUCCGAAUCCAAUAUCCUGGAAUGGCAUUAUAUCCUGACGGGCCCGCCCUCGACACCUUACCAUAACGGACAAUAUUGGGGCACGCUCAUCUUCCCUCCCGACUACCCUUUUGCUCCUCCCGCGAUUCGAAUGCACACUCCAUCUGGUCGUUUCCAACCCUCUACGCGGUUAUGUCUGUCGAUCUCUGACUUCCACCCAAAGAGUUUCAAUCCCGCCUGGGAGGUGUCUACCAUCUUGAUAGGCCUCUUGAGUUUCAUGACCAGUGAAGAGAUGACUACUGGGUCAGUAGGCGCCACAGAAGCCGAGAGGAAAUGGGCAGCCGGACGUACACGCUGGUGGAACAGUACUGGCGGCGGUUCCUGGACCGAAUCGGGGAAGGGCUUGCAGAAGGGCAAUGUCAAAGCUGGUGACGGAGGCGCAAAAUUCAGAAGCGAGUGGCCCGAAUUGGACAAGGAGAAUUGGAAAUGGAUGAAGGAAAAUAAGAUUGACCCCAUGACGGGUAAUCCCAUGGUUGAGUCUGGGUCUGGGAACACUGGCAAUACCUGCGCACCUGGAAUGGCACUGCGAAGACCUAGUGGGAGCCAGCCUAUUGCCGGGGCAGUGGUGGAAGGCGGUCGAGCGGUAGGACAGGAGGGCAGGGGAUGGCUCAGACAGAAUAAGCUACUGGUCUCGGGGAUGUUGAUAUUUACUUACGUUUUGAUUGCGAGGUUGCUUGGUGAAGGAACUGGUGGGAAGAUAUCAUAG